CAACCUCCCAGUGUAAUAUUUGAAUUUACUUUCAGUAGGUUCUGUCUGCCUCUUUGUGUCCUGUUUUCAUCAACAGAAGCGCAUUUGGCCUCAGGCUGGAACGUUAAAUGGUUCAUGGUGGUGAAUCAUGAGCCGUGAUUCCUGCAGGUCGUUUGAAAGAGUUGCCAAAAAGAUGGGCUGGAUGGAUGAGGGAGGACUGGAUGCAGCAGAGAAGAAGUUGAUGGGUAUAGUUGGUAAGACUCGUCACGCUGGCUCCAGUGGUCCUCGAUCUGAGUCCAGAGGCAGGAUGUUGGGAGACUCCAGUGAUGAUGACUUUGACCAAUUUCUUCUGGAAAGGUCUACACCCCAAGCUAAAGCUGCUUCACAGAAGCCAUGCAGUGCUGCAAAGAAAGGAAGUUCGAUUGUUCAUGUGCUGAGCUCAGACGAUGAUGUCACGUUUCAACCAUUUCUGCAACGAGUAAAAACUCCUAAUACCAAGCCUAAGAAAACAGCAGAAAGUUGGAGUAGAAGUGAAGACAGCCUCAAAAACUUCAUAGUGGAUGACUGCUUAUCAGAUGAUGACUUUAUUGAGCCCAAAUCAUCUUUUAAAGUUCCUAAGAAGAGCAAAACUCCAGCAUCCCGUCAUCUACUGAGGAAACCGCUGUCUCAGUUUAACUCCCCAGUCUUUAUUAGUGACGAUGAUGAAGAUGAUAAUAUUGUAGUCAAGAGUACUUGGAGGACUCGUCACUCAAAGCCUAAGCCUCUGCUGAAGGCUAACGACAACGACUCUCCACUGUGUGAUGAAAAUGACAGCCCACCAUCACUGCCAUUGUCUCCUGUUCCUUCUUUUUCUCUUUCUCCCUGCAAAACUCCAGCAACCUCUCCCAAGCACACUCUUUCAGUAGCUUCUAUACUGGAUGAGUCGGACAGUUCUGAGGAGGAGUUUGCAUCCCUGUUAGAGAGGCUGAAAAAGAAAAACCAUUUUACAGGCACUUCAUUAACACCUAAGACCACCAGUGAAUGCAGUAAGGAGCCUGCUGUGUCAGAUCCUCCUGUAAAGGGAUUCGCUACAAAAGGCUCUAGGUCAUUGGGGGAAACGCCUCUGCAUGUGAACACAUCAGAAGAACCCUCCAUCUGGAAGCCCAAAGUCAGUCAGACGGAGCCCAGACUUGGUCCCAUCAGCAGGGUAGCAUUGUGUAAAACUCCAGGCUGCUUCCUGCAGUCGCUCACAAACCCUGGCUCCAGCUAUGUGGACAGCUUUAAGAGGAACAAAGAAGAACUCACAAGCAAACUCUACAAACUGUACAAUACCACUGUGUUUGACAGCAAGCUUCCCACCAACAUGUCAGUGACUUGGAAUAAGAAGAUGCGGAAAACAGCUGGCUACUGUAUUACAGGCCAGGAAAGAGGCGGAGGGAACCGCUACGCCCGGAUUGAGCUGUCAGAGAAAGUCUGUGACUCAGCAGAUCGCCUCAGGGACACACUGAUACACGAGAUGUGUCACGCUGCAACAUGGCUGAUUAACGGUGUUAGGGACGGCCAUGGAAACUUCUGGAAGCUGUAUGCUCGCAAAGUCACGCUGGUGCAUCCAGAGCUGCCGAUGGUCACCCGCUGCCACAGCUAUGACAUCAAGUACAAAUUCCAGUACCAGUGCACUCGCUGCCAGAAUACGAUUGGGCGCCAUUCCAAGUCCUUGGAUACAGAGAGGUUUGCGUGUGCUCUCUGCACAGGUCGGCUGGUCUUACUGACGCCUUCUAAACCACGAGCUCCCACACCAUUUGCCAGCUUUGUCAAAGAAAAUUAUGGAAGUGUACGACAGGAGCUGGCGGGACAAAGCCAUGCAGAAGUGAUGCGGAAACUUAGUGCAGACUUUGCUUCAAAAGCUAAAGUCAGUCAAAGCUGAGCCGAUAACUUUACCUACAUAUAUUCUGAAAUACCUCAGUCAACUCGUUUCACAUCACUGAGCAGCUGUGAUUAUUAAUGUUAAAUCUAUUUUGUUUAUUUUUUUAAAGUCUGUUCUAUGUAUUAUUGGAGUUGCUGUAACUAGAAAAACUGAGCCUAAGCAGCAAAUUCGUGUGGGUGUGUCUGUUUGUGUGUGUGGGUGUCUGUUUGUGUGUCUGUCUGGGUGUGUGUGUGUGUGGGUGGUGGGUGUCUGUUUGUGUGUGUGUGUGUGUGUGUGUGUGUGUGUGUGUGUGUGUGUGUGUGUGUGUGUGUGUGUGUGUGUGUGUGGGUGUCUGUUUGUGUGUCUGUCUGGGUGUGUGUGUGUGUGGGUGGUGGGUGUCUGUUUGUGUGUGUGUGUGUGUGUGUGUAAGUAAAUGAGCUGGUGUUAAAUAAUGAAAUGCAUACCACCUGUUAUCCCUGACAUUUACUGCAUUCUUUUGAUUGGCAUUGUAUGGGACCAGGAUAAAUAUUUGAUUUGAUCCAUAGGUUUUUUAUGUUUGGCUGGUGGGAUUUUCCCACUAUUAACUGGACAAAUAAAGUUUAAAUUUGAACAGG